UUACAUCAAGCUCAGGGGAAUCUCUUUCAAAGAUGGAGAAGCACAAGCUUGUGAAACAAGGUUCGAAAAAGAAUGAAUCAGUGGUGAAGACCAGAUCUAGGAAUAACAAAGAGGUGCAUUUUACUCUAACACUCACACCUGAAGCUGUUCUGCUGCAGCGGAGAAACAGCGAGAGAUACCAUCGUUCAGCUGCCAGAAAUACUGCAGGUGGUCUCGGUGCUUCUGGAAGCACCACUGAUUCUAGAAGACGGAGGCAGCAGUCAGUACCUCAGAGGAACAGCAGAGCAGCCGGUAAGAACAAUUCUGAUGCUCCACUGGGAGACAUAAGCUCAAUUGUAAAAAUCUCCCUCCUUAAUGAGAAACACAAGUAUGACGAUGUUGAGUAUGAGGACGAGGAGGACUUGGGCGUGGAUGAGCAGGUGGUGCUGAAAUGCACCGAAUGGCUGCGUGGGUUGGAGAACACACCCGUAACGGUGGCAAAGAGCUUAAACAGGACAAUGAGCAGUUUGAAAAGUUUCUAAAGGGGAAUAUAAAUAAUGGUCUUCAAAUCUAUAAAUCAUCUCUGUGUCGGUAAAUGUCUGUUAGAUGUUUGAUAUUUUUUUUACUUUUUGCACGUAUAUAACUUCUAUUUAAUUUACUGGAUGCAAAAUUUUAUGUCGGUUUGAAAUUAACAUCCUGUGGCAGAGGUCAGCAACCUGUACAA